AUCAAUUUCCAACCACUUUGAGGAAGGAGAGGAAAAAACAUCGUAUUUUGCAUCUCUACUUGUAGCAGCGCUGUAUCAGGGAGACUAUAAGUAAAAAAAGAAAGAAAAGCGGAGACACGUUUCAGAUUUCGUCUUCAAGAUUUAACACUCUUGGGAUAGAUCUUGUUUGUUUCAAUAAUCCUCUCUGCCAAUCUGAACCAAGCUUGGUGAGACAGGCAGAAGAACACUCGGUUGUAGGAGAAUCAGAAACAUGUCAGCACUUUUCAACUUCCAUUCCUUUCUGACAGUGGUGCUUUUGGUGAUUUGCACUUGCACAUACGUGAAGAUGCAAUUCCCCACUCUCCUCGAACAGAAAACAGGGUUUCGCGGUUUCUUUUGGAAGGCAGCUAGAAUAGGUGAACGAUUGAGCCCUUGGGUUGCUGCUGGAUGCUUUACAAUGGGAGUCUCAAUAAUAUUCUUCUAAGGACUGGAGAAACUUGUGUGUAUUUGGUAGAAGCUGCAUCUUUUGUUCUUGCAGAUAGUUCGCUACUGAACCACAACGUUAUUUGUUUGCAAACAUUGUGGGGAUUUGAGGCAUGAUCUCCACAAUUAUCUUUCUUCUGGUUGUUUGUUAACUAACUAAUGGGGCUUCUAUAUAAGUACUAUUCCUUCUCACA